UUAUUCCUACCAGAGGAAGCAACAACAACAGAGACAUCAUCAUCGUCGUCCUCAUCAACACCCAGAAGCUCAAAGAGUCAAAGCCUCUCAUAGCUUCAAAUCCUGAUUCUUCACAACCCCUUUUCUUCCUCUUUCGUCAACCCAUUCACUCAAAGUUUCGAUUUUUUUCUUCUAAGCUUUCUGCUGCCUCUUAUAUUUUAUUACUUCAGAUAUGGAUUGGAGUUAUAAUUCUGGCUUCUACAAAAUGGAUAGUCACACGUUUUUAUUCUGUUUAGCUAUUACGGCUACUUGCAGUGGUAUGAUGCUGAGGGAAGUAUGCCGGUUAUAGUUGAGGGGAAAUGCAUAGGUAUCAUGCUGGCAGCUGCACUAGUGCAGUUAAUAACAAUAAAAUAGGCGGACCAUCUGCUAGGGACACUGGAAGAUCCGAUUCAUCUUCUUUGCCAGCUAACUUCCCUGUAAGUUCAAGGCGACAACCACCGCUAAACCCAUACAAGUUGAAGUGUGAUAGAGAACCUUUGAACUCUAGGCUUGGGGCCCCAGAUUUUCUUCCCCAAACACCAAAUUGUCCUGAGGAGACUCUGACCAGAGAGUAUUUGCAAUCUGGAUACAGGGAUACAGUUGAGGGACUUGAGGAAGCUAGAGAAAUUUCACUGACCCAGGUUCCACAUUUUAACAAGGCAGUUGUCCUUAGUUGCAAAGAGGCUGUUAGAAAACGUCUCAGGGCCAUCAAUGAGUCUCGUGCUCAGAAGAGGAAGGCUGGCCAAGUAUAUGGUGUGCCUCUUUCAGGAGGACAACUUGCUAAGCCUGGCGUUUUUCCUGAACUUAGGCCAUGUGGUGAGGACUUCUGGAAGAAAUGGAUUGAGGGCUUAUCUCAACAGCACAAGCGAUUGCGCACUUUGGCUGAUCAUGUUCCUCAUGGUUAUAAAAAGGCAUCGCUUUUAGAGGUUCUUAUCAGGAAUAAUGUUCCACUGCUGAGGGCCACCUGGUUUAUAAAGGUUACUUAUCUCAAUCAGGUUAGACCAGGUUCUGUUGGUACCUCUUCUGGGACUGUUCAGCUGUCUCGUUCUGAGAUUUGGACCAAAGAUGUUAUCAGUUACUUGCAAACUCUUCUGGAUGAAUUUUUCUCGAAAAAUAUUUCUCAUGCUACUCCUCUUAGUCGAGAGAGAUCACCACAAGUGCCUUAUACUGGAACUCUGCAACACAAAAGUGAUGCAUUAUUAUCUGUUUCUGAUGGUGAAGAGCCAUCCUUACAUUUUAGAUGGUGGUAUAUUGUCCGGCUUCUGCAAUGGCAUCAUGCUGAAGGGCUGAUUCUUCCUUCUCUUGUCAUUGAUUGGGUUUUGAGUCAACUACAGGAAAAAGUACUGCUUGAGGUUUGGCAGCUGUUAUUGCCUAUUAUAUAUGGCUUUCUAGAAACUGCUGUUCUAUCUCAAACCUAUGUACGCACUCUUGCUGGAAUUGCGCUUCGCACCAUCCGUGAUCCUGCUCCAGGUGGAUCAGAUCUAGUAGAUAAUUCCAGGAGGGCAUAUACAACCUAUGCCCUGAUUGAGAUGCUCCGGUAUUUAAUACUUGCGGUGCCAGAUACUUUUGUUGCUUUGGAUUGCUUUCCAUUGCCAUCCCCUGUAAUCUCACAUGCAAAAAAUGAUGGCAAUUUUGUACUAAAACCAACUGAAGCUCCGGGAAAGACGAAAAAUAGUUCAGAUGAUUUUGGCCGCAUUAUUUUGUGCAUUCAGAAACAUACAGAAGAUCUUGCAAAGGCUGCAAGCCCAGGCCACCCAGGUCUCUGUCCGGCUAAAGUUGCAAAAGCCUUGGAUAAAUCUCUUAUGCUUGGUGAUUUACAUGUAGCAUAUAAGCUUAUUUUUGAAGAUCUUUGUGAUGGAACUGUAUCUGAAGGUUGGGUUGCAAAAGUUAGCCCUUGCUUAAGGUUAUCUCUGAAAUGGUUUGGGACUGUAAAUACAUCACUUAUAUGUUCAGUGUUCUUCCUUUGUGAGUGGGCAACAUGUGAUUUCAGGGAUGUCCGCACUACCCCUCCUUGUGACAUAAAGUUUACAGGUAGGAAAGAUCUUUCCCAAGUGCAUGUAGCAGUUAGACUUUUAAAGAUGAAGAUGGGGGAUAUGAAGAGCAUUCACAGAGCCAAUCAUGUUGCAAAAUAUUCAAGUCAAGGGAAUAAUUGGAAUCACGUGGGGAACAAAUCCAAAUUAAAAUCUAGUUCAAACCAGAGUACUAAUUCUUCAGUCAUAUUUGAAAGCCCAGGUCCUCUUCAUGAUAUUAUAGUUUGUUGGAUUGAUCAGCAUGUGGUGCAUAAAGGCGAAGGUCUCAAGCGCUUACAUUUAUUUUUAGUGGAACUAAUUUGUGCAGGCAUCUUUUACCCCUUGGCGUAUGUACGCCAACUGAUUGUAAGUGGGAUCAUGGAUAUGAGAGGGAAUGUGAUUGACCGGGAACAAUCGAAGAGACACUAUCACAUCUUAAAGCAGCUACCCGGGCGCUUUAUCCAUGAUGCUUUGGAAGAAUCUGGGAUUGUUGAAGGGCCGCAACUAGUUGAAGCCUUGCGAGUUUACUUGAAUGAACGCCGGCUUAUACUUCGUCCUUUGAGUGAGCACCAUGAUGAUGCCAGCAGUGCCAAAAUAUCUGCUUUGAAGCGAAAACAAUAUCCAGCUUCUACUGAGCAGGGGAAAACUGUUAUUUCUAACACAAUAUCUUCUAGAAAUGUGAAGGAUGAUGCUAGCACUGAUGAACUGAAAUCAGCCAUCUCAGUACUCUUACAGCUGCCUAAUAGUUUAUUGAAUUUGAGCACUACAGGACGUGAUGCAUCUGAAGGUGGUGAUAGAAGACCUACCUUGUCUCAUUACAGCAAGAUUGAUCCGGUGGAGGGUACACCUGGAUGUGAAGAAUGUAGACGAGCAAAGAGGCAAAAGUUGAGUGAGGAAAGAAACUCAUUUGUUCAAGGUCAGUCUACAGUUUUAUGUGAUGAUGACGAUACUUGGUGGGUGAAGAAGGGGAUGAAACCCUCAGAGCCUAUCAAAGUUGAUCAACCACAAAAGUCAACCAAGCAGGUUACCAAGAGUCGACAGAAGAAUGUGCGUAAAAUGAGUCUUUCUCAACUGGCAGCUUCUAGAAUUGAAGGUAGCCAAGGGGCAUCAUCUAGUCAUGUGUGCGAUAAUAAGGUUAGCUGUCCUCACCAUAGAAAUCCUAUGGAUGGUGAUGCGCCGAGUUCUGCAGGUAACAUCCGAACAAGUCAUAUUGGGGAUGUUGUUUCCAUUGGCAAAGCACUGAAGCGCCUUCGCUUUGUUGAGAAAAGGGUUGUGGCAGUUUGGCUAGUGACUGUUGUUCGGCAGAUGGUUGAAGAGUCUGAAAAAAGUGUUGGUAAAGUUGGUCAAUUUGGCAGGCCUUAUUCUACUGUGGAUGAUAGAAGCUCAAUAAGGUGGAAACUUGGUGAGGAUGAACUUUCUGCAAUACUUUAUUUGAUGGAUAUCUCUGAUGAUUCGGUAUCAGCUGUCAAGUUUCUCCUCUGGUUGAUGCCAAAGGUUCUCAGUAGUCCCAAUUCUACAAUUCAUAGUGGGAGGAAUGUUCUGAUGUUGCAAAGGAGUGUGGAAAACCAAGCUUGUCAUGUGGGAGAGGCUUUUCUGCUAUCGUCACUCAGAAGGUAUGAGAAUAUUCUUGUUGCAGCAGACCUUAUUCCUGAAGCUUUGUCGUCUGCAAUGCUUCGUGCUUCCACUAUUAUUGCAUCUAAUGGAAGAGUUUCGGGUUCAGGAGCUCUAUCUUUUACUAGGUAUUUAUUGAAAAAAUACAGUAAUGUGGCUAGUGUCAUUGAAUGGGAGAAAAUUUUUAAGGCAACUUGUGAUGCAAGACUUUCUUCCGAACUUGAGUCUGGUAGGUCAGUAGAUGGAGAGUUGGGGGUGGCCCUUGGAGUUCCUGCAGGGGUUGAGGACCCUGAUGAUUUUUUCCGCCAAAAGAUUAGUGGUGGUCGGUUACCAUCCAGAGUAGGUGCAGGCAUGAGAGACAUUGUACAGCGUAAUGUUGAAGAUGCGUUCCACUAUCUUUUUGGAAAAGAUAGAAAGUUCUUUACUGCUGAGACACCAAAAGACCCUGCUUUAGAAAAAUGGGAUAAUGGACAUCAAAUUGCUCAACAAAUUGUUGUGGGUCUAAUAGACUGCAUAAGGAAGACAGGUGGUGCUGCUCAAGAAGGGGAUCCCUCCUUGGUAUGUUCUGCUGUUUCUGCAAUUGUUGGCAGUAUUGGUCCGUCUUUGGCAAAAUUGCCUGAUUUUUCAUCUGGCAAUAAUCAUUCAAAUAUAAUAUCAACAACAAGUUCACUGAACUAUGCCAGAUGCAUUCUGCGAAUGCAUAUAACCUGCCUGUGCCUGCUCAAGGAAGCCCUGGGAGAACGCCAAAGCCGUGUAUUUGAUAUUGCUCUUGCAACCGAAGCUUCUACUGCUCUUGCUGGUGUUUUUGCUCCUAGUAAAGCAUCCCGAGCUCAGUUUCAAAUGUCUCCGGAAGCCCAUGAUAUUAAUGCCACUAUUUCAAAUGACGUGGGAAAUAACUCUAAUAAAGUUGUGCUUGCAAAAACAACAAAAAUUGCUGCUGCUGUUUCAGCACUUGUUGUUGGUGCAGUUAUAUAUGGUGUUACCAGCCUGGAAAGAAUGGUAACUGUUCUCAGAUUAAAGGAGGGGCUGGACGUAAUACAAUUUGUAAGAAGCACAAGAUCCAAUUCAAAUGGAAAUGCUCGUUCCGUUGGGGCUUUUAAGGUGGACAAUUUGAUUGAAGUUCAUGUCCAUUGGUUUAGAUUGCUUGUUGGUAACUGCAGAACCCUCUGUGAAGGAUUAGUGGUGGAUCUUUUGGGUGAACCAUCUAUUUUAGCACUGUCAAGGAUGCAACGUAUGCUUCCUCUAAGUUUGGUCUUUCCACCUGCCUAUUCCAUAUUUGCCUUUAUUAAAUGGCGGCCCUUCAUUCUGAAUGCUACUGUUGCAGUUCGUGAAGACAUGAACCAAAUUCAUCAGUCUUUAAUUGUUGCCAUAACUGAUGCAAUAAAACAUUUACCUUUUCGAGAUGUAUGUUUUAGAGACUGUCAGGGUCUUUAUGAUCUUAUGGCUGCAGAUGCAACUGAUGCUGAAUUUGCGACCUUGCUAGAGUUGAAUGGCUCUGAUAUGCAAUUAAAAUCAACUGCAUUUGUUCCUCUCCGAUCUAGGCUUUUUCUGAAUGCCAUGAUUGAUUGUAAGAUGCCACAAUCUAUUUAUACUAAGGAUGAUGGGAGCCGGAUCUCUGGACCUGGUGAAUAUAAAACUAAGUCUAAAGAUGGUGAGUCUAAGCUUCAGGAUAAGCUUGUGCAUGUUUUGGAUACCUUGCAGCCUGCCAAAUUCCACUGGCAGUGGGUUGCACUCAGGUUGCUUUUAAAUGAACAAGCCCUUGUUGAAAAACUGGAGACACAUGACAUGUCCAUAGCUGAUGCUAUAAAGUUUUCCUCACCUAGCCCAGAGAAGGCUGCUGCUGCUUCUGAGAAUGAGAACAAUUUUAUUCAAAUACUUCUCACAAGGUUACUGGUUAGACCUGAUGCCGCACCCCUUUUUUCGGAGUUGAUCCAUCUCUUUGGCAAGUCACUAGAGGAUUCAAUGUUGAAGCAAGCUAAGUGGUUCCUUGGAGGCCAAGAUGUCCUCUUUGGUCGGAAGACCAUUAGACAAAGGCUUCAUAACAUUGCUGAGAGCAAAGGACUUCCUAUUAAGACCCAAUUUUGGGAGCCAUGGGGUUGGUGCAGUCCAUGUACAGAACAAGCUACUAUCAAAGGGAGUAAAAAGAAGUUUGAUACUACAUCUCUUGAAGAAGGAGAAGUUGAAGAGGGAAUUCUGAAAAGGUGCCUAAAAGGCUCCUCUAAAGUGAUUGACUCUGAAAGCUCAAGCAGUAAUCAGCAGCACGUGACUGAGAGAGCUCUUAUUGAGUUGCUUCUUCCUUGCAUUGAUCAAAGCUCUGAUGAAUCCUGCAAUUCUUUUGCAAAUGACUUGAUGAAACAGUUAAGUUAUAUUGAGCUACAAAUAGCUGCUGUUACAGGUGGAAGUAAGCCUGGGGGAAGUACUCCUCCUGGAAUUGAAGGUCAGACAAGUAAAGUAAAUAACCGCAAAUCACUGAGAGGGGGCAGUCCUGGAUUAGCUAGACGAGCAACUGUUGCAAUAGAUUCUUCUCCACCAUGUCCUGCAGCUUUACGUGCUUCUAUGUCAUUACGUUUGCAGUUACUCCUUAGAUUUCUUCCCAUUCUUUGCACUGACAGACAGCCAUCUGUGCGGAACAUGAGACAUUUUCUGGCCCCUGUAAUUCUUCGUCUCCUUGGUAGUCGGGUUGUGCAUGAUGAUGCAGACAUUUUGGCGAAGCGGGAGGUGGAUCCAUCUUCUGAAGCUGCUUCUGCCUCACUUGUAGAUUCUUCUGCCAAGGGUCUAUUUGAUCGUCUGCUGUUGGUUUUGCAUGGAUUGUUGAGUAGCUAUCCUCCAUGCUGGCUUAGGCUGAAACCUGUUUCAAAGUCUACCAAUGAACCUACAAGGGAAUUUUUUGCAUUUGACCGAGAGUUUUUGGAGACUUUACAGAAUGACUUAGACCGUAUGCAUCUGCCAGAUUCUAUUCGGUGGCGUAUCCAAGCUGUGAUGCCUAUACUCCUUCCCUCUAAGCGGUGCUCUUUCUCCUGCCAGCCGCCGCCAGUUUCACUUUCUUCUCUCACUUGUCUUCAACCCGGCAAUACAAAUUCUGGGUUUAACUCCACUAGUUCAACUACUCAAAGGAACCCUGUUCUAUCAAGGGUUGCACCCAAUGCAUCAGGGAAGUCUAAACAACCAGACAACGACUUUGAAAUUGAUCCUUGGACGCUCUUAGAAGAUGGUGCAGGAUCUUGCCCUUCUACUAGUAAUACUGCAAGCAUAGGAAGUGGCGACCAUGUGAAUAUUCGAGCUGCCAGCUGGCUGAAAGGGGCUGUGAGGGUUAGACGGACAGACCUUACAUAUGUUGGUCCUGUGGAUGAUGAUAGUUGAUUAACAAUAUUUUUUAUUGGUUUUGAUUGGAGCAUGCAAACCCCUCGGCAGCCGCGCUUGCGGUUUACAUGAUCUAUUUUGAUGCAUGGAUGGCAUGAAGAUGCUGUUUUGUGCUUGCUUUGAAGGGAAGCUGUUUUGAGAGAUGGGUGAAGGGAUGUGCUCACAGCUCAGCUUGAUAGUUCAGGCCUGGUUGACUGCUAACAUUUUGAUCUGGAUUGUGCACUUGCAGGCACAGUUCAGAGGCUUGUUGUAUAUAUAGGGAUGGUGAUCUGAGUAAGUUAUAUCUAUAGCUGUUCCCUGCCCAUUAUUUAUGUGUAAUGCACGCUUGUGUGCGUACUGUGUAUAUCAUCAUCUUUUAGGGGCACCAGCAGCACUCAACCAUUGUUUCUCCCUAUAUAUUUAGAUUACCAAAGUUACAUGCUUCAUCUGCUGCAGCAUUCAAUUGUUUGUUGGCAAGUCCAGAGAUAACUUAAUUUCUGCCUCAGUUUUGUCAGGGAAAAAAUUGUGCAUGCCCGAGUAGCAAGGGAAUGAAUUGGGUUGGAUUUGAUCA